GGUAUAGCGCAAGACAGAAUAGAGAGAGCGAUAUGGGGAGCGGCGGGUUGUUGUUGCCGACCGUGGUGAUGCUGGUGCUCAACGUGUUGUCGGCGGUGAUGGUGGCGCUGGUCAAGGCGGCCAUGGCUGGCGGCCUCGACCCGCUCGUACUCGUCACGCUGCAGCAGCUCACCGCCGCCAUCUUCCUCGGCCCCAUCGCGCACUUUAGAGAGGGCAAGUCGAGGCCCAAGAUGACGCUCGAGAUCUUCGCCUACCUCUUCAUCAGCGCCGCGCUCGGGGCGGCGAUGAGGCAGUACAUGGUCUUCGUGGGGCUGCGCUACACCACGGCGACCUUCGUCAGCGCCUUCUCCAACAUCGCGCCCGUGCUCACCUUCGUGCUCGCCGUCGCCACCCGCUCCGAGUCGCUCCACCUCAGGACCGCCACCGGCGCCGCCAAGCUCGCCGGCACGCUCGUCUCGCUCGCCGGCGCCAUGCUGCUCACCUUCUACAGAGGCGUGGCCCUCACCCACGCCAACAGCGCCCACCAGCUCCACCGCUCCCUUUCUUCCCCACCGUCCCCGGAAACCGACUCCGGCAGGCGGUGGACGCUGGGAACGGUGGCGAUCCUCGGCAACUGCGUCUGCCUCGCCUGCUGGUACCUGCUUCAGGGCAGGAUCGCCAGGAAGUACCCCUACGUCUACUCCUGCAACGCCUUCCUGUCCACCUUCAGCUUCCUCCAGGUCGCCGUCGUCGGCCUCUGCGUGCAGCACAACCUCUCCGCCUGGAUCAUCACCAACAAGUUCCAGAUCCUCACCGUCCUCUACUCCGGCGUGGUCGCGACCGGCAUGUCCUUCGUGCUGCUGACGUGGUGCAUCCAGAAGCGGGGGGCUGUGUUUGUCGCCGCCUUCAUCCCGGUGUCGCAGGUCAUCGUCUGCAUCAUGGACUUCACCAUCCUGCAUGAACCGCUCUACCUUGGAAGUUGGCCUGUAUCUUCUGCUGUGGGGCAAGAGGCAGGAGGCCUUGCAACAGCAUCCAAAAGUUGCUAAAGAUGACCAAGAACAACAGCAGCAGCAGCAAUUGCCGUCGCAGCCAUGACUGAAGAUUGGAAGACAGAGAUCCACCAUUUGGUGAUGUGUUAACAUGUGCAGCAAAUAAGUUCUUCAAUAAUUUUUGCAUGUUCUAGCAAUUAUUAUGAUCACCAUUCUGGUGCAAAUUAGUCUUCAGGAUGCUAUCAUUCAUGAAGCUGUUUAGGCCAAGGUUUUUUAUUUCAGAAACAAAAUAAUUUCGGACCUCACUGAAAAUUGCGAAUUUUCGUAUAUUUUGGAAAUUAUUUUGGAUUUUGAGAUUUAAAAUUUCACUUAAUUUUAAUAAAUUCUAACAUAAUUUAAAUUUAUGUUGAAAUCAGUUUGAGUCUGCCUCGAAAUUUUGGGGUUACCCACUGAAAUAGGCGAAAUUUCGUUGAAAUGUUUAACUCUGGUUUAGGCUCUAAUCCAAACAACAGACAAAUAACUUCUAUCUCGUUGAAAUGCCCGCUUUGAAGAUAAAGCAACAAACAAAAUACACGACCAAACAAUACAAAGCGAGAGGUCGCGCUCCCCUUAUUCCAGGAUCUCUCCUUCACGACUUGCCGUCCGUCGCCUCCAAUCCCCCGUUUUCUGCAAAAAAUCCACAAUCAGCGUUCUCCGACCGCCUCCGCACUCCAAUAGCUGUCCACCGGCGUUGGAAAAUUUGAAUCCUCGUCUCUCACAUGGAUAUUGCAGACCACAGACGCCUCCCUCCCCAACUUCUACCACCCACCCGCCGCUCAUGCCUGCCACCAUCACUUGUGCUCCGCCACCGUCGCUUCUGCGGCUCGUCAGCUACCUCUGUCUCCUCCACGCCGGCUCCGGAAAGGAAGAAAACGUGCCCCUCUCCUAUCUCCUCUUAUUUUCAAGCAGUGAAGCAGAGGGGAGCUAGAGACAAGUGUCUGGCCGUUGGGAGGGGUGUGUGCCACCACCGUACAGAGGGAGCACGGAGAAUGGAGAAGAUUCCUCUGACCACAUCAGAGGGGGCGGGGGGAAGAGGCCCAGGCGGAGCUUGGUGCGGGAAGAACGAGGAGGAGGCGCGGGGGUGGAGAGGAUACAGUACAGAGAGGUGGGUAGAAGACGAGGGGAGGAGAAGAGGGGGCGGCCGGCGGCGCUGUGGGUGAUGGAGAGAGCGAGCCAGGGCGGCUCUACAGAGAGCGGGCUGGGGAGUAAGUUACUUCAAGGAGAGGAAGGGGCCAUGGUGGAUUGGUGGGGAACGCUAAACGCCAGGUUGCUGCUGUAGCAGCUACUGGAGCUCGACGCUGCGGGUUCCAGAAUGAUGUGAGGUGAUGCAGUGCAACUGGGAUUGGGGCUGGGGAUUUUUGUUGAGGUUGCACUAGAAGCUUGAUUUGGGAGACAGAGCAAGCGGGCAUUGGAGCUAUGAUUCUGACUGUUGCAAAUUUUCCAGCGAAAUACAUGCCUAUUAAGGUAAGUGGACAAGAGAGAGGAAUCUCAAAAUUGGUCAAACUGUGUUGUGUUGUUGAGCUUUUGUGUAUUGAUAGUUUGGCCUUAACACUCUGGGCAUCAUUAAUGUGCAAAUGAACUCACAUAUUCAUGA